AUGACCACCCCCGACGUCCUCCCUCCUCCGUUCCACGCCAGCGCGCCUCGCUCCGUCCCCUCGUCACCGCGCUCGGCUCGCCGACCACCGCCAGCGCUAACCUCGCCGCGAUGGGACUCACUCGGUGGCGGACAGGGCGCACACAUGCUCACGAGCCCGACCUCACCUCGAUUCCAACCCUCUCUGCGUUCCCGGCCGACCACACCGGUCACAGCCUUCCCCGACGCACACGACUCCUACAGCGGGCCGCCCUCGCGGCCUCUGACGGCCAAGACCUCUUUCCCGGACAUGCGGAGUGCGGAACCGGCAGCAGCACCUGAUUUGAACUUUUCCCGACCACGAAAACAGAGUGUGCGGCAGCCUCUAUUGCCAACACCUUCAGAAGAUGGCCCUGAGAUGUUCCACAACCCCCUACCGAAUCCAUGGCGUCCGCGGCGUCCGUCCGUCUCGUCCAACGUCUCCGCGUCCACGUGGGCGCCGGGCAUGUCUCCCACGAGCGGCGAGUUCUCUGACGGUCGAUCGCGUAUGAGAUAUGCCGGGCCACCCCCGGUUUCUGCCACACGUCAACAUUUCAGCUACAGCAACCGUAUUGACAGCACGGGGUCCGCGCCUCCCAUGGGUGGGGCGGCGCCAUGGGUCAGCGGGGAUGAGAUCCGGUCGAGUUUCAGAUCCCAGCUCACUGCCUCAUCCGCCCCUGGCACCGCCAACACGGAGAGAAGCAGUAUCAUGACCAAGGAUAGCUCGGCCACAUCCUUUGACGCGAACCAUGAUCAUGAGGAGGACCACGUGCCGGACGCGGACGAGCCCAGCAUUGAAGAUGUUAUGGGCAUGUAUGAACAGGGCUUUGAUGACGACGACGGCGACCACGAGGAGGGGAAUCUUGCCGACGCCCCAGCUGCGGCAGGCUCGGAGCCGCGACCAUCGGCCCCCCCAAUCCAGCCCGUGAUUAUCGAGGAAGACCUAGCGCCGCCCACCCCGGCCCAGAUGCAAGCGUCGAAACUGGACGCGGAGAUUCGACAGUCACGCAUGUUCUUCAGCUCACCGGCCUUUAUGGCUUCCGUAUCACACCUGGCCAACGUGGACGUGCACGAGGAGGAGAAGCGUGAUUCCGGCAAGUCGCUCGAGUCCGACCCGUCCGAGGGCCCGCAGCCUAUGCUCCGGCGCGAUGCGCACGCCUCCGCGACCACCCCCAUCACGCCUCUCAGCCCGGCGCCGACCGCGGUGGAAGAGUCCGUGGAGCCCGAGGCCCCGGGCUCGCGCGACCGCUACGGCUUCAAGAAGGAGACGCAGCACGUCAGCCGCAAACAGUACGACCGAUGGGACCGCAGCUACUCCGAGUACCUGGCGAGGCGGAAGAAGAAGUGGGUGGCGUACCUGAAGGAGAGCUCGCUGAUGACGGACGAGCCGAAUCGGUUCCCUGGCAUGUCGCCCAAGACGAAGAAGUUUGUCCGCAAGGGCAUCCCGCCCGAGUGGCGGGGCGCGGCCUGGUUCUACUACGCCGGCGGGCCCGCCAUCCUGGCCAAGUACUCUGGACUAUACGACAAGAUGCUCCAGCUCAAGGCGAAGCGGGUGGACGUGGAGGCCAUUGAGCGGGACCUGCACCGGACGUUUCCGGACAAUAUCAACUUCAAGCCGCCGGGCACGUCGACGACGAACGCGGGCAACGGCAAGAUUGCCGAGGACGAUACUGUGCAGGCGCAGUUGGACGAGCCGCCCAUCAUCUCGUCGCUGCGCCGCGUGCUCUUUGCCUUUUCCAUCUACAACCCGAACAUUGGCUACUGCCAGAGCCUCAACUUCAUCGCGGGGCUCCUGCUGCUGUUUGUGGACACGGAGGAGCAGUGCUUCUGGCUGCUCAACGUGAUCACCAACAUCUACCUGCCGGGAACGCACGAGAUGAGCCUGGAGGGAUCCAAGGUGGACCUGGGCGUCCUGAUGACGGAAAUUCGGGACACGAUGCCCGCCGUGUGGGACAAGAUCAGCGGUGAGCUCGAGGCGCAGCCGAGCACCAAGUCGCGGCCGUCGACGGGCCGCUCGAUGCGACGCCCCAACUUUCGCCGGCGCGACCAUGCGAGUCUCUCGACGGAGCGACUACCGCCCAUCACAAUGUGUAUGACGGCGUGGUUCAUGAGCUGCUUCAUCGGGACGCUACCGAUCGAGACGACGCUGCGGGUGUGGGACGUGUUUUUCCUGGAGGGGUCCAAGACGCUGUUCCGGACGGCGCUGGCCAUCUUCAAGACGGGCGAGUCAGAGGUGCUCGGGGUGACGGAUCCGAUGGAGAUGUUUGGCGUGGUGCAGGCGAUGCCGCGGAAGAUGCUGGACGCUAACGCGCUGAUGGACGCCUGCUUCAAGCGGCGUAACGGGUUCAACCACCUGAGCCAGGGCGCCAUUGAGGAGCGACGCCAGGAACGGCGCGACAAGACGGCGUCGGACAAGAAGGGAGGCGGGUCGCGCACGGUCAGCGGGACGACGACGGACAAUGAGGAUGGCGUGCGGCGCGUGGGCACGCUGUUCCGGCGGAAGAAGAGGGACGCAUCGAGGCCGCGGGGCGGCGAGGCGUAG